UUUUUUUUUUUAGAAACAUGACUACACCAGUAUUUAAACUUGCAGUGAACAUUUUCAUUACACGGUUAUUUGUUCGCUUGAUGAUACUACGUCCGUAUCGUCUAUUUUUUUUGUUUUUUUUUUGCCCACCACCCUACCCCACCCCUUGUUUUGCCCACCCGGUGAUUCAUGCAAGUUCCAAUUUCAAGCGGGAGAAAAAAGGAAAAUAAACAGGAGACAUUGUUUACUGGGUUCCUGUCAAACACAAAAUGAGUGCCGUUAAAAAAAAAGUUGGGUAUGGAAAGUUCCGUAGAAACAUUCAAAGUGAACUUGAAUCAGACACAAGGGAUGACAUAUAUUAUGAAGCUGCACCCACACGGAAGUUCUCGGAGACUUCACCUCAUGUGACUGAUAUCUCAUCAAUUACGAAGAGUAGCUUAUUGGACGAGGAAGAUAGUAAUCUUUAUGAUAACCCUCUCCACAGCACUGUACUGGGGGAUGAGCAUAGUGCACAGAAGAAACAUGAAGCACUGUCUCACAAUAAGCCUAAGAAGAAUAAAGCAGUGUCAAAGAAAAACAAGGGAGUUAUUAGCAAGACAGUGGGACCUGUGGCAAAGACACAAAAACCAACCUCACGCCCACUGAAGCGUCUUUCUGAGAUGCUGGAAAGAGAGGAUAGUAGUGAUUUGGAAAGUGAAGCCUCGAUCAAUGAAGCUGAUCCUUCAGACAAUACCCCUCUGUCACAGGCUCAGACAGACACCACAGAAAAGUCUGAAUCAGUACAGAGCAGAGCAAAGGCAGGGAAGAAAUCUGCUGCUGUGAGCAAGCCCAGAACUGGAAGAAAACAGGCACAGAGACUGUCCCCAUCUGUAGAGGAAAGCUCAGAUGAGGAAGCUUCUGACGUGACCCCUCUGUCACAGGCUCAGACAGACACCACAGAAAAGUCUGAAUCAGUACAGAGCAGAGCAAAGGCAGGGAAGAAAUCUGCUGCUGUGAGCAAGCCCAGAACUGGAAGAAAACAGACACAGAGACUGUCCCCAUCUGUAGAGGAAAGCUCAGAGUCUGAAUUGGGUCCUCAGAGUUCAGAUUUGUCGUCACAGUCACAGAGAAUCGCCACAAAAGAGUCUGAACCAGUACAGAGCAGAGCAAAAGCAGGGAAGAAAUCUGCUGCUGUGAGCAAGCCCAGAGCUCGAAGAAAACAGACACAGAGACUGUCCCCAUCUGUAGAGGAAAGCUCAGAUGAGGAAGCUUCUGACGUGGAAAGUUCUAAUCCAAAAAACGGCUUAAAGCCUGUUAGAAAGAAGAAGAAUAAACCUUCAUCUGCAUCUUCAGAUGAAGCUGGACCCUCCAAAAAGGUUAAGAAAUUGCCAAAAAACAUCACAGAGCUUGAUGUGGUGCUGGAUGUGUUUCAGGGUUUUGUGUCGGAGUACAAGGAGACUGUGGAGCCCAGUGUGUGCAGAAAUGCAAUAGAGAGAUUGUACAACAAGGUUUCUGAUCACCUUCUUGAAACGAUAACUCAAGUGAAGGAGUGCACAGAACUAAAAAAGAAAAGCACAAAGAUUGUGAAUGCUAUUAAUAAGAAAAGAAGACACCUGAUUGAAGUUAAGAGUAACUUAAUAAAGAGGGAAAUACAUCUAAGAAAAGUGCAGAAAGAGUAUGCAGAACUGAAAGACAGAUACACAGAUCUGAAGAGUGGCAGUACGUUUUUAGACGACUUCAAGGAUCUGCAGAUGCGGUAUUUAGAGCACAGAAAUAACAACACUGGAGAGAAAGAAAAGUAUGGUCUGUCCAGCCUUCCUUCAUUACUACUAGAAGCACGGGGCAUUUUGGGAGCAGAAGAGCAGCUCCAGAAUAUCAACUUUAAACUACAGCAAGCUAUUGGAAAUUAGGCAAAAGCUAAGCUGGAC